UCGGAGCACACCAUGGCUUCCUCGAAGCGCUCUGCUUGGCUGUUAUCGCCGCCGACCAGUCGUUCGUGCAGCGCCAGCACCGUGCUCACCAACCCGUCGCUGGUCAGCGCCAUCACCGACUACAGCACCAACUGCCUCGCCUUUUGCCCGACGCUCUACGACGAAGAUGUGUUUGAAAAUAUGGGGAUGAGCUACCUCGAUAUCCUUUGCAGACGACACAUCACCAACGGCUACGUCGACGACAAGUACGUCGGCUGCUUCGAGCUCGCCAAGCGCGCCGAGACCAGCGUCACGGACCACAAGGCCCUGUAUCGGGCGCUGGUCAUGCGCCAGAAGCUCGCCGAGAUCAUUGCGCGCGCGCUCACGACGUACAAGCGACCACCCGCUGGGUCGACUGGUCAUUUCGACUUUUACAACAUCAGCACUCUGCUCAUGGCACCGUGCUGCCGCCCGAACCCGACGUCGAUGCGCUGGGGCCGCGAGGAUAUGACCAAGCUCUUCAACUACCCUCGCGACGAUCUUGUCGGCGAUAGAUUCUCCAUUCCCCAUGGCGUCGGGUGGCACUGGUACAACUUGUCGGACGACGGCACUUGUGCUUUCUGCACGUCAUCUGCCACUCUGGCGAGCAAUGACGAAGAGGAAGACGCGGUUGCGGUCGCAUGGGUUUCGCUCGUGGACGCCCAUGGUCUACAUCCGAAUACGUCCGAGUCGUGGCGCCAAGACGCCGCCGACGCGCUGAUCCACCACCGGGCCACCCACCGCGCUUUUUGCAGCAAUGUUCUGCAGCCGCUGCACGCGCAGCUCACUGCACACUUGGCCGACGUCAAGAUUGUCACGUGCUUUGAGGCCGACGUCGGCGCGUACAAGGAUAGCAUUUCGUUUCUCGCCGGUGUCACGCGCGACGGGUACAUCGCCGGCGUUUUCUUUGAAAUUUGAUGGUUUAUACCGUCAACAUUGGAUCGUUCAUACCAUUGAGGCCAAAUGCCUUGUGUAGUGCGUAGCAUCCACUGUUCUAUAACACCACACAAUGCCCUUCACCUCGAGCUCGGCAGCAAACUCGAACAAUUUCUGUGCCGGUAAAGCUGCAAUUUCAAGCCUCCGCGCGUCCGAUCAAGAUCCUACCAAACAAGUACCAAGUAGUAACUCAUUUCAACAAACUGGUACCUGCGUC